AUGCGAAACAUCCUCACGUGCAUGCUGCUUAUAGCAGGCGCAUGUCCAGCCACCUACGCCGCCCGAACUCCCGAACAGAGACAGCAGCAAUCAAAUCCAUACCUUAUACUACCGCCAGGGAUCGGUGACAGUAUUGAAGCUGGACAUGUGCCAGAAAGUCUAGGCAGUCGGACAUUUAGCUUACGGCACAUCUAUCACCAUGGCUCAGCUCGGCUUCCGAAGCUCCAUCGCUAUCUCGAUAUCCAUCCUGAAGACGAAUUCGAGGUGACAUCCGAUUAUGGCAAGACUUACGAGUCGGCGCCAGAGGACCUCCACGUCCAGAUGGAGUCGUUUCACAUGCAGCGGUUGGCCAACCGGCGACGGUCAGCCACGGACAAAUUGUUUGAUCACGCCAAAAUUCACGGGACAGCUAUGCCUCUGCCGGCCAGCGCAUGGACAACAGACGUGAUUCCCGGUCCGAACGUCACCGAUAAAGAGACCAUCCUCACUUUCGCCAAAAUCGCUUCGAACGCCUACGUCACCAAGGCUCGGACGGGCGACUGGAAGGAUGUCAAGGGUGGCUUCAAUUACACAGAUGACUUCGGCUGGGCUCAAGACGGCCUCCGGGGGCAUAUUUUCGCCGACGAACAUAACGAGACGGUGAUUAUUGGCUUGAAGGGAACCUCGCCCGCAAUAUUUGACGGCACAGAUACAACUGGAAACGACAAGUUGAACGACAAUCUCUUUGGCUCAUGCUGUUGUGCCCAAGGCGGUACGUUUCUCUGGAAGCAAGUCUGCGACUGCUCCACGUCCGCAUUUACCUGCAACAAUACAUGCCUGGUAAAGUCACUGCAAGAGAAGGGUCAUUAUUACUUCGCAGUACGAGACCUCUACCACAACGUCACUGAACGGUACCCAAACUCCGAUGUGUGGCUGUCGGGACACUCUCUUGGUGGCGUCGUCAGCUCGCUUCUCGGAUUGACGUAUGGCUUACCUACUUUGACGUUUGAGGCUUUCCCGGACGCCAUGGCUGCAUCUCGUCUAGGACUGCCCACUCCUCCUGGAUAUCAAAUUGGCUCGCAUCAGGCUCGUGCUGAUACCGGCAUCUAUCACAUCGGACACACUGCGGACCCCAUCUUCAUGGGAGUGUGCAACGAAGCCACAUCUUUCUGCUCCAUCGCCGGGUAUGCAUUCCAGGGUGUUUGCCACACUGGAAAGACAUGUGUCUACGACACCGUAGGCGAUAGAGGCUGGAGAGUUGGCAUCGGGACGCACAAAAUCUCCAACGUCAUUCAUGAUGUUCUGGAAAAA